AUGCUGAUUCCGUUGAUUCUCGCCGUUAUUCCGGCGACGCUCGUCGAUUCCCAAGGCGUCAUCAAUUGCAAUCGAUUGACGCGAAAUCUCAAGAAUCGUCUGAUCCCAUUCGCAAGGCCGAUGGAGGACGGCGACACGCUGAAAAUUUGGGCGACUUUUCCCCAAUAUGCCAUUGACAUUGUAUUAUCGACGUUCAGCUUGAACAGCGUCCUCAAUUCCAACUCGAUCUCGCGCAUCGGACUCCACACACGAUUCGAGUUUCGGAAAACGAAGAGCACCAUCUUCAACACAUAUAAGCACGGCAACUGGCUUCAAAGUAUGACGGGACCAAAUCCAUUCGGACCCGGACAUCAAAUCGAAAUUCACGUCGUCAAACAGCCGAAAAGCUUCCUCGUCAAACAUGUCACCGGUUUGGUGCUUCGCGAUUUCCCGAAUCGCCUUGAUGACAACGAUCCGAUCGUCUACUUCUUCGCGGAUUGCGUGAGACCGCCGCAGGAGAACGUUGAUAGCGGACCCGGCGGUGACGGAAAUGAUGGAAAUGGUGGAGGCAAUGGUGGAAAUGGUGGAGGCAAUGGUGGAAAUGGUGGAGGCAAUGGUGGAAAUGGUGGAGGCAAUGGUGGAGGCAAUGGCGGUAACAAUGGUGGAAAUAAUGGUGGCAAUGGCGGAGGCAAUGAUGGAAAUAAUGGUGGAAAUGACGGAUAUAAUGGCAAUGAUGGUGGCAAUGGACAUCAUCACGAUCCACACCCCGGACAUUCUUUCUACCCUGAAGUUUAUUGCUGA